UACACACUUCAAAGCCAUGGACACUGGUGAAUGCUUCCUCGCCUCUCCCGGGCAGGAUGAGAGGAACCCCUGGCAUCUGGACCUCAAUCUACCCCAUUGCCCGUCAGCCACCAAAGAUACCCCUCUCCUGCCCCCCUCUCCCUCUCCUGAACCUUCCUCAUCAGCUUCCUCUUCUGCCCCCACCUCUGGGGGAUGCCACCAUGCUCUGAGCCCUCCACCCUCCACCCCUCAGCCUCUCCAAGUAAACCUCAGUCCUCUGUAUCCAACUUAUCUGCCAAAGUUACCAACUCCCGCAGAGUCAAACUGCCAGGAGGAGGAUGAAGGGGAGGCCCUUGUCUGGCAUGUGUUGUUCGCCAGUGAUGGAUCUGUCUACCUCCUAAAAGGGGAGGAUGAAGACGAGGAAGCUCUUUCUUCCCCAUCUUCACCACGAGGAUCCUUGAGCAGCACAGUGCUACAACGUCCUCCACUCACCUCGUUCCGUCUCACCGCCACCUACCAAGGCUUUUGCUCUAACCAAAUAUCCCGACAUACCUCAACUGGGGCAGCCAACCUCACCCAAACGGCGCCCAGCACCUCGCCCAGAAACAGAGACCAACCCAAAGAAAAAGAGGCGGGGAGGCAGGGGGAGGAUGGAGACAGGAAAUCCAAUCUAAGUGGGAAAACUCAAAUGCCACAAAGGAUUGAACAUGUUUGGAUCUGUCUGCCUUGCCAGAUUACCUUUCGGUGUGGAAGCAAAUUAGGGUGGCAUGCAUACCACUCUCAUGGGCUGAAGCAUCCGUUCCAAGAACAGCUGGCAGGUGGAGAGACUUCAGGCAUUGUUCAUGGCUCAAGUGGACAGCUUUUCCUCAGUCUAAUUGAACCAAAAAUAAGCCACAGGGAGGUGUUGGAUGCUGGCAAGGAACCAGAGAAUGUGACCCUCCCAGGGGCUAAAACUACCCCUCUUUUAGAAAUUACCCAAAGUGUGCAAGAACAGCCAAGAUCAUCGAAGGACUUAUCUUCUAACAUGGAUCACACAACUGCUGAAUUCCAUGGCACUCCAAAAAGGGAACUAGAAACAAAUCACUCACUCUCACUUGAUCCAGUGCCCCACUCACCCUCAAAGCAUCACCUUUGUGAACCCACUGGAAGAACCCAUUCAACUGAAGCCAAAGAUUCAAAAGUCCAUAUGGAGGAAAAGAAUGUAGGAGCCACAUGGUGCCCAACAAUGACAGAGUCACAGAAUGAAGUAGGUGAAGAGGAGGAGGAGGAGGAGGAGGAAGAGGGAGAUGGGAUCCCACCAACCUCCCAACCCCUUGAUAUCCCAGAGCAGCUACUCACAAACCAAAGCUUCUAUAGCCCAAUGAUGACCAAUAAUUUUCCUCAGUUGGGGACUCUCCAUGGCACUGACAAGAGGGGAGAACAAACUGACACAGACCGUGGGCCUCUUCCCCUUGAUGACUGCACAAUGACCUCAGGCCCCCAGCCAUUCCAAAGUCUCUCUCUUCAGGGCCAACUCUCCCUCCUCCAUUCCCGCAACUCUUGCAAGACCUUAAAAUGUCCUAAGUGUAACUGGCAUUACAAGUACCAGCAGACACUGGAUGUUCAUAUGAAGGAGAAGCACCCAGAGAGUCAUAGCCACUGCUCCUAUUGCCACACUGGACAGCAGCAUCCCCGUCUGGCCCGGGGUGAGAGCUAUAACUGCGGCUAUAAGCCUUACCGCUGUGAGGCCUGCAAUUACUCUACUACCACCAAAGGCAACCUCACCAUACACAUGCAGUCAGACAAACACUUAGCUAACCUACAGGGUUUUCAGGGGCCUGGUGCAACCUCCAGCACAACAGCCCCACCCCUGGCCCCACCAGGAGUCAGUACUGGUCAGGGAGAAGUCAGAGAGCCCUCCCCUCCAGAUCGACAGCUGAAACAAAAGGCAUCAUGGCAUUGCAAAGUCUGCAACUAUGAGACCAACAUAUCCCGUAACCUGCGUAUCCAUAUGACCAGUGAAAAACACAUGCAGAAUGUGCUGCUUCUCCAUCAGGGGCUCGGCAUGGGGCAAGACACAUUCCCAUUUUAUGGAGGCCCCCUUUCAUCUGAGCAGGGCCUGGAACACCCACUACUCUUCAAUCCAAUGCACUUCAGCUCAGGGGGAACAGCUUGCAACAUUCUCACUUCAGAAUCCAGUUCUGGGCCUCCACUCGGCUCCCUGGCUUCCUCUAGUGUUGCUGUUACGAACGUUGAAUCCUUGCAGGACUGUCCUUCCUCUGCCCCGGAGGAGGAUCCUGUUCCUGGGGUAUUCCGCUGCCUGGUGUGCCGUUCUUUUACCACAGAUAGCCUGGAGGGUCUGCUUUCUCAUGCCAGUAGAGGUCGAUCUCUGCCUGAGAGGGAGUGGAGGGAAGUGAGGGGAGACCUGCAUGUCUGCCGCCUUUGUUCGUACAGUACCCAGCUUAAAGCCAACUUUCAGCUGCACCUAAAGACUGACAAGCACGCCCAGAAGUACCAACUUGCAGCUCACAUGCGAGAGGGGGGUGUAGCAUUGGCUGCUGCCCAAGCAUCAGCAGCUGAACUACCUAUCAGUGGAUACAGCCAAGCUUCCUCCUUCCCUCCAUUACAUCUCCACUGUAACCUGUGUGGGUUUGAAAGCAACAGCAGAGAGAAGAUGCAACUUCACGUGCAAGGAGGAGGACACGAGGAGAGCCUGCGAGUGUACAAGUUCCUGCAGACUCUUGAAGGUGCUGAUGGAAGUGAAACAUGUUUUCGAUGUGCGCCUUGUAACUGUACUGUAGCAUCCCGCCUUGGCAUGAUGUCACAUUUACGCUCAACAAGUCAUCAUCACAACCUUGCACAGUGGAGACUUACCAAAGGCGAUGUUGGACUUGAGGGAAUCAUCAGUAUCUGCAGAAAUCCCACACAGGAACAUGUAAAAAUCAUGAACUCACCAGAAGUUACUUCAAACUUAGAAACAGAAGAUGAGAACAAAUCUACACAACAAGCCUCUGUACAGGAUGAGCCAGCAAAGACCAACUGUGAGACUGAUGGCGAAGGCACUACGGUUUUCUGCUGCCCCUUCUGUGCAUUUGUUAGCCCCUCUGAAGAAACUGUUCACAGCCAUGCUACAUCCCAGCAUUCAUUGCAGCCGACAUUCCGUUGUCCACUUUGCCAGGAACAGCUGACUGGAGCUGCGAACUUGAGGGGGCAUCUAGGGCAUGGGCACAAUGUGAUGUCUGAGUGUGUGGAGAAACUGCUGCAGGUGGCGCAGAAAGUGGAGAUAACCUUUCGAACAAGAAUUAUUCCUGUGAAAGUGAGAGAGGAACAAGAACAGCCUCUUUUAGAGACUCGCCCUUCAGGUGAAACCCUCAGCUUAGUUACUGAUGCCUCACCACCUGACUCCCCUUGUGAUAUUUCUACAAGUCCAGGAGGAACAGCAGAGCCAUUGGCUGAUGUUGACAAGUCUACAGAGGACACCACAUGUCCCAUAUGCCGACAUUUAUGUGAGAGUUCCCAAGAUUUAAAAACUCACUUGGAGAAAGAUCACCCUGAAUUUAACACAUCAGACAUACAAGAAAGUGAAACAAGAAACCAGGAACCUGAGACCAGUGGACUGGAAGACAAAAGGGUAUUUCAUGAAAAUGUGCCUGCUCCCCCACAGCAAGCUACCUAUCGUAAAACCACCAACUUUGCAAUGGACAAAUUUAUGGACCCAUCUAGGCCUCACAAGUGUGUGGUUUGCAAGGAGUCCUUCACACAGAAAAAUAUUCUGCUUGUGCAUUACAACUCUGUAUCUCACUUGCAUAAGGUGCGAAAAGCCUCACUUGACCCUUCUCUUUCUACUCGGCAAGAACCUGGGGCAGGCACCCCAGGCCCAGGUGGUCAAACUGGGCAGGAUAAGCCGUACAAAUGCACUGUUUGCCAUGUAUCAUACAACCAGAGCUCCACAUUGGAAAUUCACAUGCGUUCUGUACUUCAUCAGACUCGUUCCAGGGGGUCAAAGGUGGAUCUCUCAAAGUUGUCCCCUGAAAAAACACAAAAGGACUCCAGCUGUAAAAAUGAGGCUUUAAGUGAAGCAAAGGGAGAAACAACUAAUGACCUGCAGGGUGUUGAAGCUCCCAAGAAAAGACAGCAGCAAUUGGGAUCCUGCUUGGGGGUCCCAAUUCUCCCCUCUACUGUUACUUCUCCUACAAUGCAGUUAUCCUUGGACUUACCGCGACCACCUCCUCUCAUCCAACCUCCACCACUUUUUGCCCCUUCACUUCUUCCCUCAUUUCCACUGAUUCCAGAGGCUUUAUUAAAACUCCAGCGUCAACAGCAGCAGCUUCUACUCCCAUUCUAUCUGCAAGAACUAAAAGUCAGUGGUGAGGGCAAUGUUGCCCCUAUUAUGUCAUUUGGAGGUGCCCAACAGCCUCCACCCGCCAAUGAUGAAGUUAGUGAGGGUCAGCCUAGAUUGACUCCCAAGCCAUUAAAUGAGAAGGAAGACAGGAGUUCUGAGGAGCAAAGUGCAUCAACAAUGGAGUCCACUAAUUCACAGAAUGAAGAGUCAAGUACGGAAUCUCAGUCAAAGGUAGCUGGAGAUCUUACAGGUUCUGCAGCUAGAGCGUUGUUAGAGAAUUUUGGCUUUGAGCUUGUGACCCAGUAUAAUGAAGGUAGGCUGCCAACCACUAACCAAACCCUGGUUCAACAACCCCAACCUCCUGCUCCACCACGUGAAACCUCCCCCAUCCACUGUUCUGCAGAGAAACUUCAGUGUGGUACAUGUGGGAAACUUUUUUCCAAUAGACUAAUUCUUAAGACACAUGAAGAGCACAUGCACCAGCGGCUGCUCCCAUUUGAGGCCUUGAGUCGAUAUGCCGCAAAUUAUCGGCGCAGCUAUGACAGUAACUUCCCUGCUGGAAUGAUUGCAGAGAUAUCAGGACCAUCUGCUGCACCACUGGACUUCUCUAUUACCUCACAAAACUCACGAGGAGUUGAGGAACAAGAAAGUACCACUGAAUGCAGUAUUACUUCUGAGCAGCUCAGCUUCCUUCAAAAUAUUUUUGAUCUUAGAGGUCAUCAGCUAGAAGAGGGAAUCCUUUGGGUAGCUGAAAAGACUGGGCUUCCACCAGCAUUUGUCCAACAGUGGUACUCCCAGAGACAGAAAAGCAUCCAUGAAGGACAGGAAGAGGAAGGAGAAGAGACUUCACGAGCUGAUCGCAUGGGAAAUAGACGCUUUUCACGUACAAAGUUCUCAGACUUCCAGACCCAAGCCCUGAAUAGUUUUUUUGAGUACAGUGCUUACCCAAGGGACAGUGAGGUAGAGCACCUAUCAGGGCUUUUAGGGCUGUCAGGAAGAGUGGUAGUGGUAUGGUUCCAAAAUGCCCGUCAAAAAGCACGAAAGCAAGCUGCAGAAACAGGCACUUCUCCUUCACCCCCUUUGCAACCAACUCCACCAGGGGACCGGCCAACUUCCAACAGUAAAGUGCCCCUCUGCCGAAAAUGUGGGAUCACCAUGACUUGCAUUUUUCAGCUUAUUCGUCACUUAAAAGAGUGUUAUAGCGAUCAAAGUGAAGAGCUUGCUAUUGAAGAAGAAAAAGAGGAGAUAUUAAAACAAAAUCAAGAAACAGAGGGGUCACAACAAGAUCUAACUGUAAAGCCUGUUUUAACCUCAAAAUCAGAGCCUCCUUCAUCCACUAUCCAGGAGACGCAGGAGGAAGAGCAGAGUGAGGCACCGAAGGAAGAAGUGACUUUGGCUGAGGAAACUCAAACAGCAGAAGAAUUAUCUAUAUCCACUGAACAUAAUAUCCAACCUCCAGAACAGAGUGAAGUGCCAGGGGAUGAGGGUGAAUCUUCAGUCCUCACAAUCUCUUCAGAACAGAACCAAAAUCAAUUACUCUCAAGCAGUGGUCAUCUCUCAACGCCGUUGAUGGAUCUAUCCUUGCUGUUACCUGUGGGAUCUGUGGAUUUGAGCUCACAUAGAAAAAGAAAGCACGAGGAGGAGUCUCUCUCUCCCACAGGCAGUGAAGGUGGGGAUGAACCUCCCAGAGAUAAGCGACUGAGGACCACCAUAUUACCUGAGCAGCUAGAUAUUUUGCACCGCUGGUAUCUUCAGGACUCCAACCCCACACGCAGCACCCUAGAGCGUAUUUCUCUUGAAGUAGGGCUAAAAAAGAGAGUAGUACAGGUUUGGUUUCAGAACACAAGAGCCCGGGAGCGAAAAGGCCAGUAUCGGGGAGCAGCUCCACUUACUAGCUCAGUCCAACGACAACAGGAUGAUGUGCCAAAGGAAGGAACAAAAAGGGAAGUGCCCACCAGUUACUACUACAGUGUCUGUCAAGGCCAAGUGCCCCCCCCACUUACAGUUAAAGCAGGGUCUUCAUCAGGACAAGCUGCCUCUCCUCUGAUUUCUAUGCCUCAGUCUUCUUCUACCAUGGCACCAACUUCCGUAACUAAUAAAGCUCUUGUUAAUCAUACCCAGCCCCUCACAGGAUUAUUAAAUACCACACAAGUGUUGCCAAGUCUAGUAAAUCCUUCCCAGGCGAUCACCGGUCUUGUCAAUUCUACGCAAGCCUUGACCAACCUUGUUGCUCCACCACAGGCUUUACCUGGUCUAGUAAACCCAGCCCAAGCUUUUUCAAGCCUGGUUAAUCCAGCCCAAGUCCUCUCUAGCUUAGUUAACUCCCCUCAGGCCUCUCCAGGACUGCUUCUUGCUUCAUUUACAGCCAAACCUCCUGGUCCACCAAUUCUGAUUUCUGCAUCUGUAGAGAACAAAUUACAACUUUCCCCCGGUUUAUCAGUACCUACACAGACAUUGCUAGAGCAGACACCAGAGACCGAUAAAAUUCAAGCGCCUACAAGUCAGCAGAUUCUGGUUCAAACUAAAAUAUCUUCACCAGAACAACAGAUACAGCCACAUGUCACAGAGGUCCAGUCACUAGAUACCCAGGGAGGAAGAAGUGAGAAAACAACAGAAGAUAAGUCCUCAAAAACUUUAGAUUUUCCUGUGCAUAGCCCACAGGGGGGUGACAUAAGUGACUCUUCCAGCUCUGACCCUGGUCCUCCCAGCCCUGGCAAAGGUGGGUUGAACUCAGAUUCCUUUCUAGGGUCCUCAGGAGCUAGACGUUAUCGCACCCAAAUGAGUAGCCUUCAGCUAAGGAUUCUGAAGGCAUGCUACACAGAAUAUCGCACACCAAGCAUGCAAGAAUGUGAUACACUAGGUGGGGAAAUUGGACUGCAGAAGAGAGUUGUCCAAGUUUGGUUUCAAAAUGCCAGGGCAAAGGAAAAGAAGGCCAGACUGCAGGGAUUGGGGGGCACAUCUUCCACUAAUGAGGGCCCUCAGCCCACAGAAUGCACUCAUUGUAAUAUAAAAUAUGGGCCCACAACCCCCUGUCGUGCUCAUAUCUUUUCCAGACAACACAUCACAAGACUCAGAGUGUCCAUACAACAGCAAUUGAAAGAAGAGAGCCGGUAUCGGGACACCCACCAAGCUGGAGGGACACCCUCUGCACCUGACAGCAAACCAGCUUCUCAAAUACUCAGCUUCCAGGGCCCUGCCUCAGUGACACCGCAAAUUCAGAGGCUCACCCCAUUGCUAAUGCCAGGGCAGGGUAUUUCUGCGCCCAUUGGAGGCCUAGCUACAUUCAAUACAGGCCCUCCUCCAAGCCUCCUCGGGAUGACCUCUUCUGUUCCUCCAGCCCUUCUUCCUCGUGCAGCCCCACAUGCUACUUUGUCUUCACUUCCUUCUACUGACACAACUAUGGAUGCUUCACUGCCUACAGCGACCCCUGAAACCAAUGGGCCCCCAGCUCUCAAGGCUUCCAUCCUAGGGGCCCCUUUUAUGCCCUUUCCUCUAGCACCAGCUGCCACUCCUUUGUUUUCUCCCCAAAUCCAGGGCCCGUACUUCCAGCAGCUGUAUGGCUUGAAGAAGCGUCUUUUUCCCAUAAAUCCUGUCAUCCCUCACACACUACUUGGGCUGCUCCCAGGACCACUAAAACAGGCUCCUGAAUCCUUAGCCCCCAAAAAAACAGCAUCUCCCCAGACCAAAGUAACAAGUGAGUGUAGCAGGGGGCAAGAGGCAAAGCCAGUUGAUGAGGAAGAAGAGGAGGGUAUGGAUCAUGAUGAUGACCCAGAAGAUGAAGACAUCCCCAUGGUCGAUGUGGCAAUGAGGUACCAGUGCCAGCGAUGUAAAACUUCAUUCGAGGAGGAGGGAGAGGCUGAAGCUCACCAACGAACCAGUUGCUACACUGGUCCUCCACCUCAUCCACCACCGCUCAGGCUGAGGGUCUGCACCUACCAUUGCUUGUCCUGCCAAGUCCUGCUGCAAGGACCCACAGCUCGCAGACAACACCUGAGGUCACAGCAGCACCGUGCACACAAUGUGUGCAGUGAUGGAGCAUCCUCUGCAAUACCUCAACUCAGGCCAAAGAGUGCUGCUACCUCUGUGCUCAUGGCUUUAUAGAGACACACUUGAUUUGUCUCGCAUACUAUAGAUAUUACUCUUUGGCUGUCAUACUCUCUUUCACGUCUCUUUGUCUUGUCUUUAUUUUCCCUUUUCUGUGUCUUUCUUAGUCUCUUUCCUAGUCUCUCCUACAAAGUAUUCAUGCAGUCAUAGAUACUUACUGAACUUCUUUUCUGAAAUUAUCUUGUCCGUCUGUCUCCUUUGUCCUUCACUUUAUCCUUUAUCUAUUCACUAGGGAAGUAAUACACAAAGAAGCAAACGACACAACUCACAGGCCAAAAAGGAAAAAAACAAACAAAAAAAACAAAGAACCUAAAACCUCUUCAAAACACUGAAAACCCAAAGUUUUUCUGCAUUUCCUGAUCCUGGUGCCAAAACAAAAGCAACCUCUCCCUGUCCAUGCAUCCCAUGCCUGCACUUUCUGAUAAAGGCAAGGGAAACUACAGAACAAUAAAACGGGAACAGAGAGAGGAACAAUAUAAAGUAACCAAAAGUUUCAAGACUUAUGGAGCAAAAAGCAGACGCAGCAUCUGCUCUCCUCUCACGCAUGUUUACACAAAUGCGUGUGUAUAUAGAGAAUAUGGGGGUUUUAUUUCAAAGGUUGACGUUAUAGCCCCUACCAAUGACACAACUGUGUGAACCUUGGGAGUGAAGACUUCACCCCAAAAACUCUCUGUGAUGCUUUAACCAUUUGUGGAAGGGGAAGGGAAGGGCUUUAACUUUUUGGGGAAGGCUGAGGGGGAGGGGGCAUUUUCCACUCCCUUUCACCCCUGUUCUUGACUCCCCAUACCUCACUCUUGAUGUUUUAUGCUUUGGGGUUAUUUGGGUGGGGUGGGGUGGGCUGUUUAAAUCGCCAAACAUUAACACUUAUAAAAGGAAAAAAAAACUUUUGAAUCCAAAGUUACGUGGAAACAAACACGAAAAAAUUAUCACACCAACCAAAAAAGAGAAAAACAAAACAAAAAAACAAACAAAAAAAAACAAAACAAGAGAGGACAUGAGCAAAUGAAAUGUGGAAAGAGAUAUGUAUUUGUGUUAUGUGAAAAAAAAUGGAAGAAGUUGAGUCACUGUGGGGAUAUCUUAUAGAGUGGCAAAUUUUCAUAUGGUUACAUGGGUGUUCAGCUACAUGUUUGUAGUGGACUUUCCAGGCAGAGGGAAGUCACCUUUAGGUCUCAGACCUAUCUUAUUGUCCUCUUGAUUACUUCUUUGUUGUUUCUUUACUUGCUCUAAUUUCCAUCUUAUUUUAUUCUCCAAGACUCCCCCAUAUCUCACGCAUUUUGUACUCAGACUUUUUAUACUUCUCUACUGCCUUUGUAUUCUGCUCAAAACUGAAUACAAUUUUCUGCUCUUUAUCAUUUACUUUAUUUCCCCUAUUUAUUUAGCAAAUUCACUGUUCUUCCUUAAUCUCGUCCUCAGAUUACAUUCCCUUAAUUUGCUUUUCUAGCCACUCACUUAUCUUCAUCAACCCCUUCACUGCUUUCAGUUUUUCCAUUUUGUGUAAAUUAUUGUUCUUUUCUAAUUAUUUUGUGUAAAUUAUAUUUGCAACUUAAAACCAUCUCCCCAUUCAUUGUUUCAUCCCAUCAAUCCCUAUAUGUUAUUCUGUUACCUUUUAUGUCUAUGGGCCUGAUUCUCUAAAGCUCUCUGCACUGGUGAGAUUCAAUAAGAAGUCUCGUCACUACUAUGAGGUCCUUCAGGAAAUGCUUUAAAGAAAAUUUCACCUUGAGAACUGUGUAUCUUAUUAAGACGAGUUCACCAAUUUUCAUUGUGUGAAGGACACAUUACAUUAUAAUACUCAAUAAAAUAAGCUUAUGACUUCUCUAUAUGCCGUUGGAUUUUUCAGAAUCGGGCCUUAUAUCUCAUUACCUGCCUUUAUUUCAUGCUCCGCUUUUUCAUUCUUUAUCAUUUCAGUAAGCUCAUAUUUCCCGCUCUAUUCAUUUCUUGUUAUGCUGUUACUGGCUAUUUGGCCUUUAUGUUUCUUAUUUGUCACUUUCUUUUAUAAUUAUUGGUCUCCUACUUUGAGUCUUAUUCUACACUCAUUAUUUGGUCUAUUUGUGCAUUAACUCAGUCUAAUUCUAUGCUUUCACGCUUCUGAAUCAUGUCAACCAUGUUUCCAUUUUGCUCAUUCCUACAUUGUGUCUGGGGUCUGGUUCUCCUCUGCUUAUUUUUCUCUAUUCUAUUUCUGUUACCAUCUGUCCUUUCUCUACACCACCCCAUUACUAUUUUCCUAUAUCUAAUUUUACACUAUUUUGUGCUCUCAAUAUCCUUUACCUCGUCUUCUAGUACUACUAGUUAACUCUGUCCCAUAAGACUUCUAUGGCCAAAAUUUUCUAGUGUCCUUAUACUUCAUUCUACAUCAGUUCUCUGGACUACCUUCCUUCUGUAUAUUUACAUAUUAAUCAAGCACAAACAUAAAGGAUUUGGCAUAUCACUUUGUUUCUAUCAUGGCAACCUGUGUUGGUACAAUGCAACCAUUUUUCUAUGCUGUUUUCGCUUUAUUUUGACCCUCCUGGCUGCCUUUAUAUUAUGCAAUUUUGUUUCAUUGCAUCUUUGGCUAAAAAGGAUUUUUUUUUGUGUAUUUCACUUUUGCCCACACAGGUAUGAAGUGAGAGAGGGUAAAUGGAGAAAUGAUAUGUCCAAUAUUAUAAAUACUCCACAGUUACUAGUAGGAUUAAUAACUAGUUAUACAUUAAUUAAAUAAGGUAGACAACAAUAACCCUAUAGAAUAAGGAGAGCAUGGACGAACCAUCCUCUGACAAAGAUAUUAUGGAUUCUUCAGCAUGUGAUUUUACUAUUACAUAAGAAUGGUGAAGGUACAUUUGUACACCAUUAUAAGCUGCCACAAUGGGCACAUCCCAAAAUGCUGUAUAGCCCACCACAAUGUUUUCCACCUAAAAACAUGACUACCAAGUGCCAAACUGUGAAAAUACACAGCCUAUCUAUAGUAAAGCAUAGGUGUAACUACUAAAGUUGUACGUAAUAUACAUUUUGGCCUUUAAAUACAGCUUGCCAAAGACGCUGCUUGGCACAUUAAUAAGUGCCUGCUCUCCACUGCCAAUAACCAUUAUCUCCACUGCACCUUCUGUCAUCAUACGCUUUAAUUUUCAGACCACGUCCAUAUUCUGCACUCUCUCUGUUCUGUCAAUGCUAACAUCCACCUAUUUGUAGGGUAGAGAGCUACAAAGAAACACAUACGCUUGGGCUGAGAAUCCAAGGUAUAAACUAUAGAGUUUUCUAAUCUGUACUCAAAACUGAAACCACCCAAAUGCCAGGAAUCCAGUACAACCCAUUGCGAGUUGUAUAUAUUCCACUGUCUAAUUAUAUCCCACACUCUCUGUCUAGUGACCAGCUGCUUACCCACCAUGGAUUGUCGCAUGCAAAGAGUUCAAGGACUUUUUCAGAGUGAUGUAUAAAUGGUUAAAAAAGCUAUAAAAACUAAGAUAAAAUGUUA